AUGCGUUAUCGCAUGCUUGGUGGCUCGGAUAUAGAGACAAAUAAUCUUGAAGUUUCCAAGAUUCUUAAUCUCAUAUCAUGCACUUUGUCGGAAAAUGCUACUGUGGCUGAUAUUAAAACCAUGUUGAGCAGAAAUUGGGAGGUGAGAUCGAAGCAUAUUUCGAGAGAAAUAAAUAUUACGACAAAUAUAUUGGCCAAGAUGAUUCGUGAUCGAUCCGUUGGAGAACCCGUCUACAAUGAAUCACCAAGAGAUAGUGCAGCUUUGGUGCUACAAAAAGCUACUGAAACUCGAAUCUUUAUCACAUUUUCACUCAAAACCAUUCCAAUUGUGGCCACCCCAACCACCUACACCACCACCAAAACAUGGCCGCCGCCACUACCGUCCCAUGAUCAUAAUCAUCACCGCCACCACCCCACCAGCAUGUUAGGCCUCCAUAACAUCUUCCUUGUAGCUCCACAACCACCACCAACGUCACAGGAGAGCCACCAACCACAACAACAACAGCCGUCAUCGCCGCCGCCGCCGCCGCCGCCACCACCACAAGCCUUUUACCAGUACUACAACUUGACUGACACAAAUAUCUGGACUGCAAAGAGGAGCACGACAACCCAGGAAUCGCUACCGGUUUUCCAAAUGAAAGAUGGAGUCUUGACUAGUGUUGAAGAAGACGAUGAAGAAGAAGACGGUGGCGGCGGCAGUGGUUGUUUUAAGGUGUGUAGAGACUGUGGGAAUAGGGCGAAGAAGGAGUGUCGAUACAGCAGGUGUAGGACUUGUUGCAAGAGUAGAGGCUACGAUUGCGCGACUCACGUGAAGAGCACGUGGGUGCCUGCUGCUCGGAAAAAAGACAGGAAGGUGGUGCUGGUUGGGGAGGAGGACGGCGGUGGGUCUUCGGGAUCCUCCUCUUGCGGUGGUAAAAGGCAAAGGGUUUUGAACUUCACUUCAAAUGCUGCUUCCAAGUCUUUGAAUUUUGAAGCUGCCACUUCUCAGGAUUCAAGAUUUAAAGAAUCGUUACCGGGUCAAGUUCGAGCGCCGGCAGUGUUCAGGUGUAUUCAGGUGACGGCCAUUAGCGACGGUGAGGCGGAGGUUGCUUACCAAGCUACUGUGAAUAUAAGCGGCCAUGUGUUCAAGGGGUUCCUAUAUGAUCAUGGAGUCGAUGUGAAAAAUGCGUUUCCCUGUAUUUCGAAUGUCGUUUUCGAAAGCAGCAGCAACGGAAGGGAGAAGGAGAGGGAUUCUUCUUCACCAAUUGUUGAUCCACCAAACACCUUUGCGGCGUCCAGUGACCGACGGUCGGUUUAAGGUGAUGAACAAGAUUCAACCAAGCCAAGUUUGGUUGAAUGCACAUUUAUUAUAUACCAUUCGCAGAGUUCAUGCUUUCUUUUAUCUUUAUGAGGAAGGUUACAUAUAUUGAGAUUUAAUCUCCGGACUUGUUAGAUGCUGCCGCACGACGGACCUUGCAAUGGACAGUGGUACUUCUUCAGCAUAAUUUUGAUCAGUCAUAAGCACUGCAAAUUUGCUUUUGCUGUUCUGAAUCCAGGUCAGUUGCUUUACGACCUCGAUAACGAGUCUUAGUAGAACGAUUUCAGUUGUCAAUUUAUACGGAGCAUAGUUUUGGAAGUAUA